CACGACACGCUAAUAUGUCUCUGCCUUUAAAAAAGGAGCAAACAUAGACUAAGUAGAAGAAACAAGAAAACAUUAAUUUUAAAAAUGGCGGCCAAGUCAAAGAAGCGGCUGUCCAAAAUUGAAAAUAAGCUUCUCAGAUUGGAUAAAUUAGAAUUAAAAGAUGUUUUUUGUUCCAUUUGUCACUCUAUUUUGAUAGAACCCGUAACUUUACCGUGUUUUCAUGAUUUUUGUCAAGGUUGUUUUAAUGGCAGUGUAGAAAAUAAUGCAUUAUGUUGUCCUCUAUGUCGUCUACGUAUAGGCUCUUGGCUUAGAAGUGCAACAAAACAAAAGAAUUUAGUCAAUGUUGAACUAUGGAACUUUAUAAAGUCUAAGUUUUCUCAUGAAAUAGAUAUUAAAGUUAAAGGAUACGACAAUAUUAUAAUAGAAGAGACACCAUUGCCUAGACUUAGUGAACCUGGUGAAAUUAGAUUGGAAUAUGAAGCUGAAAUUAAACGACUACGAGCUGAGCGCUUGCAAAUUGAACAGAAACACUAUAAAGAGACUGAGAUAUUAAUUCAUAAAAUUCGGAAAGAAGAAGAAGAGGCACAUAAGAAAUACUUAGAAGCUUUAAAACAAGAUGAAAUAUUGGCAUUGCAAAUGCAAAGUGAUCACAUCAAGACUUCAGUUCCUCAAAGCACAAACACAAAUAGCAAUUUGAGGAAUGGCAUCAAUAAACGAAGGCUUAAAUCUACAAAGAUUGAUGUUUUUCUCACCAAACCACACACUACUGUACUGAGAAACAGCCCUGAAUUGACAGAUGACAUAACAAUUGAUACUGGUACCUCUCCUCAAAGAAAAAUAUGUGGGAAAUUAAUCAAUGAAACAUCUCCUGAAAUGGUGCCCAUUUAUGGCAAAGUUAUAAAGCAUUUUAUAGAUAAAAAAGCAAAGAAUAGUCCCGGUGUAUGGAAUAAAGAGAAUGGUGAUAAUGUUCAAGCACAGAAAGAACCAUCUCUAAUCAAUGGAAAAAAAUCUGAGAGUGAAGAGACAAAUGUUAAAAGUAAACAUGUGACACAGUCCUUACUUGUAUCACUUCCACUGUCAUGCACUGGAAUAUUUCAACAUAAAACAAAUGUCAUUAAAACUAAAAAUAUGGAAACUGAUAGUGUAGACUCGAUGCGUCAGGAGCUAUGUUAUUUUAAACCAAUAGAAGGCACUACACCAACCAGCUUUAACACAAACAAAAGUUUACCGCUGCGAGUACCUGGAUUACGUGCGGAGGAAGAAAAAUUGUCACCUACACAAGAAGUACCACCAAGCCGCGCUCAGUAUUUGGAAGGCCUUUGCCAUCUUCGCAACAUAUCUUUAGAGAAAAACUUGCCAUCAGCUUUUGUAAUAGCACUAAAUAUGCUGCAGGUUAAAAAGGAACAUGCUAUCAAGUGUGCAAAUACUAGAUCUAAAGCAAAGAAAAUGGCUUCUAGUUUAUGUGUUGAGUCAAUGUUACCAUUAAGGAAAAAUAAACCAAAACAUGAUGUGGUAGAUGGUAUUACUAAGUUAAAUACACAGACUAAUCUUAGACGAACCAGAUCUAUGGGCAGUAUAAAUAAAGAAGACAAUGAAACUACACCAAAAAAGGGAAAAUAUGUUAGAAAAGCGUGUUCGGAGCGCAAGCCAUAUUUAAGAAGUGAUUCCAAAAAAAAUAAUACCAAAAAAGAUCUCUAUAGUCCAUCAAAUUCUCCAGAACCAUAUAAUAAUAAUAAGGUGAAUCUAGCUGUAAAGAAUUUAUCUAGUCCACUAAAAAAUUGUGAUGUUAAGAAGAUAUUGCAGGAGCAACUUAGAAUAGAGGAGAUAAUUAAACAGGAAAAGAGUGAUUAUGAGCUUGCGCGCAAGAUGGAGGCAGAAUGGAACGGACGGAGGCAGCCGCGCCGCGCCGCCAUCAAGCGGCAAGUGACGCUCAACUAUACUCUUAGGCAUGCCAAGAAACUAAAGGUAUGAACCAAGAUUUUCCACUGUCCACCUCAUCAAAUAUGUUAAGUACCUAUUUAUUUGUCUGUAUUCUAGUGGCAAUGAUAAUGUUGAUUAAAACUCAAUUAAAAUAAUAGAACAUUAUUUUGAUAUUUGGUACAAUGAUGUUAUCUGUCAAUUCUGAUUUAAUACCAUACAUAAUUAUAUCCAAAUGUGAAAUUGCAUAAUUAAAAAUAUAAUAGGCAGUCAGGUUUGAGUAUGCUUUUCAAGCAGUUCAUACUGUAGGUGUGUAAUCUCUUAAUGUGAAAAUAAUAUUCACGUAUUGAAAUAAAAAAAUUAAAUGUCCUUUUUUAUAAAUAAAUACUUAGCAACAUCAUUCCAAGACUCUUUUUCCGUAUGUUUCUACUAUUGGCAUUAAAAUCUUCCGAUUAGGGUUUAUAGUACGGGUCUUUAUGUCUCACACGAAAAGUAAUACUUGAAUUUUCAUUACUCCAAUAAUAGAAGGUGUCUAAUAUAUAAUGGAUAUUACAGUAGUUAGAAGGAUAUCUAUCAUGUAACUUGUUUCUUAGGAGAACUUCUAAUUUCCAGUUUUCUAAUGAGAAUUCCUUUUACGUCCAUGGUGAAAUCUGUAGAAUACAACAUAUAAAAAUUAUGUGAGUGCUUUUGUAAUGUUAUUUUUGUAUAUAUGUAUGUUCUUGUAAAUAUAAUUGUCGAUAUAUUAUCCAUACCCUUAAGCCUAAAACACACAGAGCGGGUGCGGGUCGUGUUCCUAACGUGACACGCGCGGCCCAUUAUGUUCACAUACAUAGCGGGCACGUUUUUAAAAUGUCUGGCAACAAAGAUAUUGAUAUUAUUUGAAGUAGUGACUUCCAGAAGGCUUUAACCGGUAAUUCCUACAAAUAGGCGAUAGAAAUUUUUUUUUUCAAAUUUGACAAAUUUGUUAUCUAUUGUAUUAUAUAUAAAAAACUCGCGCACGAAUGGUUCCGUACCAAAAAAGGCAAAAAAUCACGGCUGUUGUAUGGGGGCUCCCAUUAUCCCCUUAAAUACAUAUUUAUUUUAUUUUAAAUAUCUAUUUAUAAAAGGCAUUUACAACUAAAUAUUAUGUGAAUAUUUAAAAUUUUAUUAUUUAUUUUUAGAGUGAAUAUACAAGUAAAUAUUCUGUGAAUAUUUAAAGUUUCUACAACUCCUGUUGCCGUUAUUAAUAUAACACGGCAAAAACACGGUUUUUGUAUAGGAGCCCCCUUAAAUAUUCGUUUUGUUCUAUUUAUAUCUGUGAAAAUUUCAACUAUUACGUCUAUGUUUAGUUAGCUAUCACGGUUCAUGGUGACUGACAGACGGCCAAAAAAUGGACAGCAGUUUUAGUAAUUGGGUUCCGUUUUUAACCUUUGGGUACGGAACCCUAAAAAACUAACUACCGCCUUAGACUAAAACAAAAAGGGCAGAUACGUCAUUCGCGGCUCAAAAGUGAUCCGUUUAAAUUGUGGUCCACGACCAUAAUUCGCUUUAGUCACAAUUUGACAUUUAAACACGCUGCAUGUAUAAUGCGAUUCAACUAAGAAUAGGACCGACUGGACGCCAUAUUGUGACGUCAUAGCUGUCAAUUCGAACGAAAUAGGUAGAGAGCAAAAAAAAAAAUUUAAUAAAAUUUAUUUACUAAGAUUAAAUGAGAAAAACAUCAGAUUUUUUGUAAUAAAAUUUAUUUACUAAGUUUGAAAAAAGAAAACCGAUUUUUAAUAAUAUUUAUUUAUUAAGACUGUGAGAAAAAACAUUAAUCAGAAUUAAGCUUUUCAAUUCCGCCCAUCUUUGCAUUACCGCCGGAGAAGUUAUGAACAGGCUUGAAACCGGUUUCGAAAAUACCGGUAAAUAAAGGUUAAUACCGGUUUUUAGUAAAGGUUUUGUUCGGAGCGUGCCCGAAAUGAAAGCGGUACCUAAAACCUUAAUAAACCGGUUUAAUCCAGAGCGACACUUGCACGUGUGGGCAUCGCUUGAAGUUUGUUACUAAUCAAGUCACAACUUGUUUUAAGGUUAAGGUAGAGCCAAACCUAAAUAAAACGCUCCUAAUGUACUUGACACUGAUUUAGGUUUGAAAAUUAACCGGUAAACAAGCCCUGGUUAUGAAUAAUCAUGCACUAUUACUAAGUCACAUACGAACAUGCAUCCUUUAUGUAAACGAAAGUUUUAAAUCGAGUUCCUGAACGCAACUUAAAGUGACAUUUGGUUGACGAUUUAGAAUAACAAACAUUCCAUAACCUAAGCUCAAUAUAUGAAAAAAAAAAACUAACAAUAUUAUUUAUCAAUAUUUGUUAUUGUUUGCUUACAAAUGUUUUUGUUCUAGAAUUAGCUGAGCUUUCAAGAUUUUUUGCAAACCGUACUUUUCAAGCGAUAUUUGACAGAUGGAGAUCAUUGGCUUUCCUAUUCUUAUUUGAAUCGCAUAAUAUACUCAAUAUAACAAUAUUGCGUAUAUUCUCUGUUAUGAAGAUAAAACAAUGCCUUCGAUGAUUUUAUAAAGAACACAAAUAGCUCAAAAUCAAAUGCCUCGGCAAUACUUUUCAUUCGAAAAACUGUGAAAACAUUUUUUUCUAAAAAAACACGGUUUGUCGUGAAUAUUAUUAACGUAAUCGCCAUUUUGUGAGCAAGAAAAGGACAACAAUACGCUGCUUUGAAGCGUAUAGUUCUGUCUCGCUCGCUCGAUUGAUGUUUAUAUACAGGUGUAGCGAGAGUUGCUUAUGUAGUUGAGUUGGAUUAUAUUUUAUUUGAUGCUAGUAUGAGCGUACCGUAUCUACCCUUUUUGUUUUAAUCUAAGACUACCGCGCCGUGUAUUCUUGUUGUAUAUAUAAGGCCAAGUGAAUAGACCAGCCGUACUCCCGUCCCGAUCCGCACCAGCCCUAUGUGUGUUUUGGGCUUUACAUUUAACAAUUUUAACUUUUAUGAAACAAAAAACGGUGCCACGCCCAGUAUAGGGUUCCGUAGUUACUCGUCGUACCACAAUAUGUUUCGGAAAGUGUCUGUAUUUUAAGCAAUUACAUCGUCUAAGUAUUUUUUAAUGUUUUCUUCUAAGGAUUUUUUAUUAGGUCCGAAAUUUUCUGAUACAUAAGAUGAACGACUAUUACUAACAAUCUCUUAUCUAUUAGACAAGUCCGUUCGUCCGUCCGUGGUGCUGUUUCAGCGGCCAAACCGUAACAGAUAGAUAUAGAGAAUGUUUAAGUUAUAAGUUAAGAAUAGUCUGAUAAGACUACAAACCGGAUGUGAGUAACGUAGCACUUCCGGUUUUCGAGAAAUCACAUGAUUUCUAUUUCAAACGAAACCACACAAAAUCUCCGAAGUUCUCAAUUAAUUAAAUACAUUUUUUUUUUGGUGAACAUUUGGUUCACUGGUUUGCUUGUUUUAUUUAAACCGUUAUAAUUUUCCUUAAAAGUCCAGGAAAAGCAUCAUGAUUUUUUCCAGAUUUUUUAAACCAAUAUUUUAGCUUUUAGAGAGGGGGAGGGGGGACGCCCUACACGAGCAAAAAUUUGCACUUUAAAGUUCUAUAUUUCGCAAACGGAUCCCUAAAUUGAUAAAUAGUCUUAGGAACACGUAAGUAACUUUCAAGGACUUAUUCAAUGAUACCCCACACGAUGGGGUAGACGAUGAAAUAAUAAAAUCUUCUUCAGGUUACAUGUAGCGGAGCUACCCUAAAAAAAUAUUUUUCAAUAUUUUAUUUCAUCAUUUUGUCGGCAUGAUUCGUAUACAAUCUUCACAAAAUUACAGCUCUCUAGUGCUAACAGUCUCCAAGCAAAUCCGGGGACGGACAGACAGACGGACAUGACGAAACUAUAAGGGACUACGGAACCCUAAAAAUGCAAAGUUCCAAAUCUAAAAUAUAUUACAAAUUUGAAAUGGGUUGAAGGAUGUAAAUAUUUUUGAAUGUUGAAUUGAAAGCGUUUCGUGGUAGGAGUUGGAAUUAGACAACUGGAAAAGCGUGACCAUACUGGCCCGAUUUUAUUGAUGAAGAAUUUUAAUUGUGCUUUUUAAUGACAACCAUUAUAUUCUUGGCAUAGGUGGUACUAAAGAGUCCAAUAAAAUUUUCUAUUAACGGAAGCGGCAGCGCUACUAAUCCAUAUGCCAGGAAUUAUGACACUGAGCUAUUAGUUUGUGAUAAUGAUAAGGCAAGGUGUAGUUUGAGCUUUAAAUUUGUAAUUAUUAGAACUAAUAAUAUGAAAUUUCGAUUAUAGAAGAAUUAAUCAAUGUACACAUUCUUCUCUCGUACCUAUCUUUCUAUGUGAGUUAAUAUAAAUUACUAGGGAUCUCACAGAUUUGUGAUUAAUUUGUGAUUUAAAAUUUAAAGUUAUAGAUAUGUAUUUUACUCUGUGGUGCUCUUGAUUCAGAAAUCAUUGACAAUGCUUUGACAUUCAAUAUUGUAUGUAUUGAUAUGUAUAUAAGUGUCAAUUAUUAUUUUUAUAAAUUCUAAAGUAAGCACUGAUGGAUUGCAUGGCGAAUACAAAUACAUUUCCUCCAAAAUAUAAUUAAUGGUCUUUCAGGUUUUAUCGAGAUUAUCAAAAAGGCGGCUGCCUAUGAAACCUGGCAAAUCUUUAAGAUUUGCCAGAUCCCGAUCACGUUGCGCUAUCUGCCAGUGGUUACCACUCCAUGCUUUCUGAUUGUUAAGAUUGGCCACUGAUAAGAUUUGUCUGUAAUUUCAUAAUACAACUUAUGGUAGAAUAAUAUUUUAAUUUUGUCGUAAAUAAAAUAAUUCAUUUUUUUAUUGUAAAGCAGAAGGGAAAUACUCUUUUUAUUUAUCUUGAUGUAACCGAGACUUGGCAGUUACUUUCCUGUUUUAAUUUGCAUUUUAAUUUUUAGUCAUCAGAAUUUAAAAUUGUUAUGGUAAAGAUAUCAUCAUUGUGAAAAUGAAUCAAAAGCGUUAAAUAAUAAUAAAUACUAAUAUGUAAUUACUUUUAAUUCAGAUCCUUUAUAAUGUGAUAAAGUAAAGAUGGUAAAAAAUAAAUAUGGAAAAGAUUUUUGUUUUUUAUCAAGUUUUUUUCUUCGUUUAGUAACAAAA